AUGUCCAUCGGUGAGGACAAGUGUGAGGGAGUGGAGAAUGAGAGUCACAGGGACAUGGUGUCAUUGCUGCGGGAGCGUCAGGCGACUGCAGAGGCAGGUUGGGACGGUGUGAGACCCCGGCAUGUCCAGCGCGCUAUAGCUUACCCCUCUCGUCUCAUUUACUACCUGAACGAAAGCUCAGAGAGCACCUACCAUGACCUGGACACUCACGCAAAGACCCAGAGCUCUGACAGUCAGGCGGUCCAUCUGUCCCAAGCCACGUUUCAGUUAGACGCCUUUGGUUCCACAUUCGUUCUGGAUCUGACAUUAAACAACCACCUGCUGCGCUCAGAUUACGUGGAAAUCCACUACGAUAAGGGCAAACCUGUCCUGUCAAAGGGUGGAGAACACUGUUAUUAUCAUGGCCUGUUGAGGGGUAAUGAGAACUCAAGUGUUGCCUUGUCUACCUGUAAUGGAUUACAUGGUAUGUUUGAUGAUGGAGUCCAUCUGUAUCAGAUUGAACCUCUUACACAGACUCACUCCAUUAAAACUUCUGCACGACCUCACUCUCUAUACAGAGUGCCCAGUCCGCAGAGACGGAAAGAUCCGGAAGAUUCUGCUGUUGAUGAGGAGGAGGAGGAGUUAGAAUCUCCAGAUGAAGAGGAGUUGUUGCUGUCGGAGCUGAGUGACACGGCUUUGCUGAAGCACCGGAAAAAACGUGCCAUGCCCAGGAACGUGUUUGAGGAGAUGAAGUAUCUGGAGCUUAUGAUCGUCUGUGACCACAGCAUGUACAAGAGGCUGAAGAGCAUACACCACACCAGGAACUUUGUCAAAUCUGUGGUCAACAUGGUGGAUGGUAUCUUUAAAGAUGAGCUCCGUACCCGUGUGGUUUUGAUUGGCAUGGAGAUUUGGACAGAUAAGGACCACAUCCCCGUUAGCACCAUGCCGCUGGAGAUGCUCCGGGACUUCUCCAGAUACCGACAGCAGCACAUCAAACAGCACGCUGAUGCCGUGCACUUUUUCUCUAACGUGACAUUACACUAUCGCUGGGGCAGCAUUGCGUUUUUUGGAGGCAUGUGCUCUGUGAGCAGGGGCGUCGGUGUUAAUGAGUACGGUUCACCGUGGACCAUGGCUUUGUCUUUGUCCCAAAGCUUGGCUCAGAGUCUGGGGAUUCAAUGGGAUUCAGCAUCUAGGAGAAAGGAAUGUGGGUGUGUAAAUCCAUGGGAAGGUUGCAUUAUGGAAGACACAGGAGUACAGCACACACGCAAGUUCUCAAAGUGUAGCAUCUCUGACUACAAGGAGUUCCUCUUAAAGGGCGGGGGCUCCUGUCUCUUCAACAGACCAAACAAAUUGUUUGAAGCGACAGAAUGUGGUAAUGGCUAUGUUGAGGUGGGGGAGGAGUGUGACUGCGGACCAAAAGCGGACUGCUACAACCAGUGCUGUAAGAAGUGCUCUUUGGCCAACGGGGCGCACUGCAGUGACGGACCCUGCUGUAACUCCACGUGCCUGUUCUAUCCCCGUGGAUACAGCUGUCGCUAUGCAGUGAACGAUUGUGACAUCUCAGAGACAUGCACUGGAGACUCAGGGCAGUGUCCUCCUAACCUCCACAAACAGGAUGGCUAUUUCUGUCAUCUCAAUCAGGGACGGUGCUACGGGGGAGAGUGCAAGACCAGAGACGCGCAGUGUAAAUAUUUGUGGGGCCCCAAGGCUGGAAGCUCAGAGAAGUUUUGCUAUGAGAAGUUAAACGCGGAGGGAACAGAGAAGGGAAACUGUGGGAGAGAUGGAGAGAAGUGGAUUCAGUGUGGUAAACAUGAUGUGUUCUGUGGUUAUUUGCUGUGCACGAACAUGGGGCAAGUCCCACGCGUCGGGGUCCUGAUAGGGGAAGUCACGCCGACCACCUUUAACCACCAAGGAAAAAUCAUAGAGUGCAGCGGUGGGCACGUGCAGGUAGAGGAUGAGACGGACUUGGGCUAUAUGGAGGACGGGAUGCCCUGCGGACCCUCCAUGAUGUGCCUUGACCGGAAGUGUCUGCCCAUACAGUCUUUCAACCUGAGUGCCUGUCCCAUUGGCCCCAACAAGCACAUCUGCUCCGCCCACGGGGUGUGUAAUAACGAGGGGACGUGUACGUGUGACGCCACAUGGGCGGGGACUGACUGCAGUAUGCCAGACCCCCCAAAGGAGUCACCUGCCCCGGAGGACGAUGGGCCGCGGGGGCCCAGUGCCACUAAUCUAAUCAUAGGCUCCAUCGCCGGGGCCAUCCUGGUGGCUGCUAUUGUUCUGGGCGGCACUGGAUGGGGCUUUAAGAGCGUCCAGAAGCGGAGGUACGACCCCAAUGCCGCCGCCAUCUAG